AUGUUGCUACAAAAACUUAAGACACAAGGCGGAGGAGUGGACAGCGCAGAGAAGACGAUGAAUGCACUUGUGACACGUAUGUCAACGUUUACUUACGAUCCAGACCACGGGCUGACUUUCGAGUUAUGGAACUGGCGAUAUGAAAGUGUCAUCGAGAAUGACGGAAGCAGCCUGGACGACGCCGCAAAAAAACAUUCAGAGCUGGAUUUUACAACAACAGUGUUGACUCUGAAAGAGUUGUUCGGCCAUCGCGGUUCUCAAUUUGCUCGGCGAUAUCAAUAUCUGCAGAUAAAAUGUGAAGAUUCCAACAACGAUACAUUUGACGAUUAUACCGGGCUAGUGAACGAGCGGCAUGAAAUCGCCGAAAUCUCCAAGAUCACACCCGAAGAGUUAAAAUGUCUCGUCUGGAUAUGCGGGUUGAAGAGCGAGCGGUAUCAGAAGGUUCGUCAAAUCGCUCUACAAUUCGUGGAGGAGAACCCAGAUGCAACGCUGAAGAAGUUGCACGAACGCGUUAAGAACUUCGGAAGGCUUCAAUCCACGUCUCGGAAUAUCGCGGAUACUCAAGGAUACAAGGAGGUGAACCUG